AUUACUAGCCGAGGCAGGGCGGAGCAGCGGGGCUGGCUGGAGGAGUGCAGACGGCAGGAGCCGGGAAGGGGUUAAGCAGUCGGAGCAGCCUGUGCCGGGCUGGCCCCUCGCCCCUGUGCUGACAGCCCUAGUGUUUCCGCAGCCUUGUGCAGGCUCAGGGCUGCCUGGACCGGGGUUUCCUCUCCUCUCCGGGAAGCCUGGGGCCAAGCUGCCCUGGCUGGCGCAAGCAGGACUCCCGUAAUGGCUCCUUUCAGCAGCAGGCUGCGGCCAGCUCAUAGGUCUCAAUCGGGCCAGGCUGGCCCGCUGGCGUAGGCACACCUGGAGCUGCGGGCCGUGCCCUCUGGCCUACUGCUGCUCUGCGGGCCAUGGAGGAGGAAGAGGAGGCCAUAGGGUAUCUGGACAAAAUCCUGGAGGAUGAAGAGGAUUUGGAGCCAGGCACCCCCACCAGCCCAGGCCUGGGGUCUCCCUUUCUGGCCUCCGAGAAGGGCGAGCGGGAUGCUGGGAAGGGGCUGGAGAUGCGGAAGUUGGUGCUAUCAGGCUUCCUGGCCAGUGAGGAGAUCUACAUCAACCAGCUGGAGGCGCUGCUGCUGCCCAUGAAGCCGCUGAAGGCCACGGCCACCACCUCCCAGCCUGUCCUCACCAUCCAGCAGAUCGAGACCAUCUUCUACAAGAUCCAAGACAUCUACGAGAUCCACAAGGAGUUCUACGACAGCCUCUGCCCCAAGGUGCAGCAGUGGGACAGCAAGGUCACCCUGGGGCACCUCUUCCAGAAGCUGGCCAGCCAGCUGGGCGUGUAUAAAGCCUUCUUGGAUAACUACAAGGUGGCGCGGGAGACCGCGGAGAAAUGCAGCCAGAGCAACAAUCAGUUCCAGAAGAUCUCGGAGGAGCUGAAAGUGAAGGGCCCCAAGGACUCCAAGGAGAACCACACCUCGGUCACCAUGGAAGCGCUGCUGUACAAGCCCAUCGACCGGGUGACACGGAGCACCCUGGUACUGCAUGACCUUCUCAAACACACGCCGGCUGAUCACCCCGACUACCCACUGCUGCAGGAUGCCCUCCGCAUCUCCCAGAACUUCCUGUCCAGCAUCAAUGAGGACAUCGACCCACGGAGGACGGCAGUCACCACUCCGAAGGGGGAGACGCGGCAGCUGGUGAAGGAUGGCUUCCUGGUGGAGCUGUCCGAGGGCUCACGGAAGCUGCGCCACGUCUUCCUCUUCACAGACGUCGUCCUCUGUGCCAAACUGAAGAAAACGGCUGUGGGGAAGCACCAGCAGUAUGACUGCAAGUGGUACGUGCCGCUGGCCGACCUGGUGUUCCCGGCCCCUGAGGAGUCGGAGCCCUGCCCGCAGGUGCACACCAUCCCGGACCACGAGCUGGAGGACAUGAAGAUGAAGAUCUCAACCAUCAAGAGCGAGGUGCAGAAGGAGAAAGCUGGCAAGGGGCAGAGCCGAGCCAUCGAGCGCCUCAAGAAGAAGAUGUUUGAAAAUGAGUUCUGGCUGCUCCUGAACUCCCCCACCAUCCCCUUCCGCAUCCACAACCGCAACGGGAAGAGCUACCUGUUCCUGCUCUCCUCGGACUACGAGCGGUCGGAGUGGAGGGAGGCCAUCCAGAAGCUGCAGAAGAAGGACCUCCAGGCUUUCGUGCUGAGCUCGGUGGAGCUGCAAGUGCUUACGGGGUCCUGCUUCAAGCUGCGCACCGUCCACAACAUCCCUGUCACCAGCAACAAGGACGAUGACGAAUCCCCGGGACUCUAUGGCUUUCUGCAUGUGAUCGUCCACUCUGCCAAGGGAUUCAAACAGUCUGCCAACCUCUACUGCACGCUGGAAGUGGAUUCCUUCGGGUACUUUGUCAGCAAAGCAAAGACCAGGGUUUUCCGGGACACGACAGAGCCCCAGUGGAACGAGGAGUUCGAGAUCGAGCUGGAGGGCUCGCAGUCGCUACGCAUCCUGUGCUACGAGAAGUGCUACGACAAGACCAAGCUCAACAAGGACAACAACGAGAUUGUGGAUAAGAUCAUGGGCAAGGGGCAGGUCCAGACUGGGGAGGAUUUCUGUCCCACGCUGCAGGGGAGCGGGGAGCCCAAGAUGACUGAGGUCUUAGUGCAGCCGGACUGCAAGCUGAGCUCAGUGUGUGAGCACUUGGACCACUGCUGCCUGGAGAGGCUGGAGGAGCCCGGGGGCAAGCGCCCCUCCAACACGGGAGCCAGGUUGUGGGGCCGCGUGCGCAGCAAGCUGCUCGGGCAGAAGCUGGACCCGCAGGCCAUGCCGACCAAGAACUGGCACAUGGACGUGAUUGAGAUGAAUGGGAUCAAGGUGGAGUUCUCCAUGAAGUUCACAAGCCGGGACAUGAGCCUGAAGAGGACCCCGUCCAAGAAGCAGACCGGCGUCUUUGGGGUGAAAAUCAGUGUUGUGACAAAGCGGGAGCGCUCCAAGGUGCCGUACAUUGUGCGGCAGUGCAUUGAGGAGGUGGAGAAGAGAGGCAUCGAGGAGGUCGGCAUCUACCGCAUCUCGGGGGUUGCCACGGACAUCCAGGCGCUGAAGGCAGCCUUCGACGCAAAUAACAAGGACAUCCUGGUGAUGCUGAGUGACAUGGACAUCAACGCCAUUGCGGGCACCCUGAAGCUGUACUUCCGCGAGCUCCCCGAGCCCCUCCUUACCGACCGGCUGUACCCUGCUUUCAUGGAGGGGAUAGCGCUCUCGGAUCCCGCUGCCAAGGAGAAUUGCAUGAUGCACCUUCUCCGGUCGCUGCCUGACCCCAACCUCAUCACUUUCCUCUUCCUGCUGGAACACUUGAAAAGGGUUGCCGAAAAGGAGCCCAUCAACAAAAUGUCCCUCCACAACCUGGCCACAGUCUUUGGCCCAACACUGCUGAGACCCUCCGAGGUGGAGAGCAAAGGACACCUCACCUUGGCCUCCGACAUCUGGUCCCAUGACGUUAUGGCACAGGUCCAGGUUCUCCUUUACUACUUGCAGCACCCUCCCAUCUCUUUCGCUGAGCUGAAACGCAACACACUCUACUUCUCCACAGACGUGUAGCCUGCGCUGAGAAGGCACCAGCCGCACACGAAGCCAGCCUCCCGGAGCGUGGGGUACAGCACAGACCAGACUCGCCCCUGCGGGGAGACGGGCACUUCCCCAGGGCAGUGCCCCCUGGCCCUGCGCGCCCUGUCUAGUAGUCGUGUCUUACGUACCUUGGUGGUCAGGAACUGUUUUAUGUAAUAUUCGUUCGACAGAAGAGGUAGUGACUGACAAGGGCCGUGGGCUCCUCGCUUUGUUCAUUUCCUGCCAGGCUCCCGUUCCUUCGAAGGCCGUUGCAACUUUCCUUUCGCCCUCUCCAGCUUCAGCCAAGCGUCCCCCCGGCUCGCCCUGCUCGAAGCCUGCAGCAUCGCACCACUGCCUGUUUGUUUUGCCUCGUCCCCUGUGCGUGAAUGUACAGCGCUGCCUGGCCUCUCCUGCUUCAGAGGCCAAGACGGGACCAAGGGCUUCCCCUUUCUACCCCUCAAGACAAUAAGCUCCACUUUGCCUUGCUGGCCUUGUGAACAGUGGACUCUGCAUCUGGACUCUUCUCCCUCUGGGAGCAAACUUUUGGCCACAGGAGUGUGUGGGGGGAGGAAGGGAGCUUUUUAAUGUCGUUCCAGGUGCUUUAUGGUUUCGUCCUCUAGGGCCCGUGGCCUGUGCUUUCUGCCUGUUUGUUGUGUAGUCUGUGGUUAUCCCCCUGCUGUGUCGUGUUGGGGGUAACCUGCUCUCGGGGGUGGGGGUGGGGAAGGUGCCUUUGGCAGGCUCGUGUGGAAAGGGCUGUCAUGUUAUACUCCCGCCUCCCUCUGGGUGUGCAAACAGACUAGCCUCUAGCCCCCACAGUGUCUCCAGGGGAUGGUUGGGACGGCCGAGGUUAAGCCAGGCGCUCCCUGAAGCUGGAGUGUUCCGGCGGGGGAAUGCCCCUCAGUACUGCAGUGUGAGGGAGGAGUGACUGUCUCACAUACCUCGUCAAUGCCAAUGCCUUAGCACCGUUCCUCUCCAGCCGAGCACUGCCACAAAGGCAUCAGCUAAUGGAGACCAGGUAGCCGCACUGUGUGACAGGGCAGCUAGGCUUCCUUCCCCAGCAUUAAUGAGGGGGGGCUCUUCUGUCCGGGAGCUACCCUGCUGAGAACCAGGUGAAGAGGAGGGAGGGAGCCAGGCUCUGCUUUGGUGCCAUAUGCAGGCCGGCCCCUUGUAAACACGGCAGGAGGCUGCCAGAGGCUGUAGGACAACAGCUGCUUUUUGUUCCUUCCUGCACCAAGGUGUAAACAGCUUCUGAGCUGAAAGUGAACUCAGAGCCUCGUGGAGACAGGGGCUGGAAGGGGCAAGCCCCGUUGCUUGAAACAGGAGCUGGAUUCUCCCCAUGUGGCCCUCCCUCAUUCCAUCAGCCUGAGUGGUGGAACCUAAAGUACAUCCAUUGAUCCAUUCAGCCGCCAUGGGUACACACCUUCCUGCUGGGACAGCUCCCCUGAGCUGGUUCCCUCCAGCCCUUGUGGCAAGGCAACGAUGGCUCUGUCUGCUGGCUGGGACGUGCCCCACAGACAAACACUUGUAUCUUGUGUUCACUCUUCUGUGGGCUCCUGCUCUCGUAGCUUGAGAGCACCCCAACCUGCCCCCACCUCCACAGCCUGCAGAUGGGUGCUGGUACCUGCCAAGGAAACUAACCCUACCUGUUCCCCCCACUGAGCCUGUUCUUGGGGAGAAAGCCCUGCCCAUUGCCCCCACACCCUCUGUGCCAAAUGCUGAUGGACAGCUGGUUUAUUUGGGGUGACCAGGCAUAUCCCUUGUAUCAGCAGCACUGCCUUUAACUGCUGUUCCACGUGCUGAAAGCAGCAGGCAUGGCCUAAAAACCAGCUUCAGGGGGGCUGACUGUAGCUGCUGGCCCCACAGCACUGAAGCAGCUAAAGGGAGAGGGAAGUCUUGCAAUGCCAGUCUAACAGGCUUACGCUCCAGCCCUGUGUUGCUGGCCUGCUGGCGAAGCAGAAGAGACACGGCGUUGGACAUAUUGACCAGGGUUGCACUUUGCCCUGGAUAAUGGGGCUGAGCUUAGAUCUAACUGCACAAUGGAUCCCUGUGUGUUCUAUGUACCUACAUCUGUCAACCGUGGUGUCAUUCCAAAGGGAGACUAUGGCCCGUCCCUACCCCACCCCACCCCACCCCAAGCCAGUUCAAAGGGCUGGAGACCAGCCCCCUGCACAAGCUGUGGCAAUCCCAUGGGCUGUGUUUUCAUUUUACCUACAGCGGGGUGGGAGGUGUCGGACUCUUGUGGCUACAGGUAGAAUAGAAGAGUUCAUUAAUAUUUGACUUUCACUAAGUUAAGAUCUAUUUUUUGUUUGUGUUCUGUUUCAACUUCUGUAGAUUAUAAACUUUCAAUGGAUGUAAACCAUGUGAAAACAUGUUAAUAAAAUGCAAAGCCGUGACGUUUGCACAAAAAGUA